ACUAUAAAGCCCUCCAACGACUCUCUUUCCUGUCUUCUCUCUGCCUUCCUAAUUCACACAAGGACAAAUUAUAGCUAUGGCAAGCGUUGUGGGUAUAGAUUUGGGUAAUCUUGGCAGCAAGGUUGGUGUUGCUCGCCAGAGGGGCAUAGAUAUCGUGGCGAAUGAAGUAUCGAACCGUGUUACUCCUUCCUUAAUAUCAUUCGGCCCAAAAGCCCGGGCGAUUGGCGAGGCGGCGAAAACCAUGGAGACGGGCAACUUCAAGAACACGAUUGGCUCGUUGAAGCGACUUGUUGGACGCUCGUUUGCGGAUCCGGAGAUCUCUGAAAUCGAGAAGAAGUUCAUCAAUGCUCAGCUGGUUGACGCGAGCGGCACUGUCGGCGUGAGCGUUUUGUACUGUGGCGAGAAGCAGACUUUCUCUGCCACUCAGCUCCUGGCCAUGUACCUCGCAAGGCUGGGGCAGAUUGCCGCUAAGGAGCUGCAACAGGACGUUACCGACUGUGUGAUCGCUGUUCCCGGCUGGUAUACCGAGGUCCAGCGUCGUGCAGUUCUCGACUCUGCCUUUAUUUCUGGCCUCAACCCUCUACGUCUAAUUAACGAUACCACCGCCGUCGCUCUCGGAUAUGGCAUUACGAAAUCUGACCUCCCUCCGCCAGAGACUCCUCGCAAUGUAGUCUUCGUCGACAUUGGUCACUCUAACUACUCCGUCGCGGUCGUUUCCUUUGCUCAAGGCCAGCUCACUGUCAAGUCCACAGCCUACGAUCGUCACUUCGGUGGACGUGACUUCGACUACGCCCUUGUGCAGCACUUUGCCGAAGAGUUCAAAGGAAAGUACAAGAUUGACGUCUUAGGGAACCCCAAGGCUACGUUCCGUUUGGCUACCGCCUGCGAGCGCUUGAAGAAGAUGCUGUCUGCAAACCAGGAGGCACCCCUCAACGUCGAAUCCAUCAUGAACGACGUUGAUGCCUCCUCUAAGCUCAACCGUGAGCAAUUCGAGACCUUCAUUGCGCCUCUGCUCGAGCGUGUCCACGUUCCUCUUGAAGAGGCUCUUCGUGAGGCUCAGCUCACCACUGCUGAUAUCCACGUCAUCGAGAUCGUCGGUGGCUCCACCCGGAUUCCGGCCAUCAAGCAGCGCAUCCAGGACUUCUUCGGCAAGCCCGUUUCCGCGACCCUCAAUGCUGACGAGGCCGUCGCUCGUGGUGCCACCUUCGCCUGCGCUGGCCUUUCACCUCGUUUCAAGCUUCGCGCCUUCACAGUCAACGACAUCGCCACUUACCCGAUCAAGGUUUCGUGGGCACCAUCUCCGGAGGAUGAAGGAGAAGAGCCCCAGGCUGUCGUCUUCCCUCGUGGUAAUGGAAUUCCUUCGACCAAGACCCUGAAGUUUGUCCGAAGUGGUCCAUUCGAGUUGGAGGCGUCGUAUGCUGAUCCCGCUGCCCUCCCGGGAAGGAUUAAUCCUUGGGUUGGCAAGGUCACUAUCAAGAGCGUUGGUGAAGCUGUGCCGGCUACCGUGAAAGUCAGGGCGCGGCUGAACCUCCAUGGCAUCUUCUCUUUCGAAAGUGCAUUCGUCGAGACCACCCAGGUUGUAGAGGAGGAAGUGCCAUCGGAGACAGCUCCCGCCGAAGGUGAAGCUCCUGUCGCUCCCCAAAAAAGACAAAAGAAGGUGGUGAAGAAGAACGACAUGCCCGUGAUUGCUGGUGGGCUUGCACUUGACAGCUCCAUCCUGAAUGCCCAGAGGGAGCUUGAAGGCCAGAUGAUUGCGGAGGACAAGCUCGUUCAGGAUACUGAGGAUCGCAAGAAUGCGCUCGAAGAAUACAUCUACGACACGCGUAGCAAGCUUGACGAUCGUUAUGCCACGUUUGUCCAGCCGAAAGAGAAGGAAGCGCUUGGUGUCAAACUCGCUGAAGCGGAGGACUGGCUUUACACUGAGGAGGGUGAAGAUGCCCCCAAAUCUUCUUACGUGUCGCGCCUUGACGCCCUGAAGGCACUGGGUGAUCCUGUUGCGAAACGUUACAUGGAAACCGAAAUGCGCCCACGGGCCGCCGCUGCUCUGCGUGAAACCGUCAACAACUAUUUGUCCCAGGCUCAAUCAGAGGACGAGCGCUUCUCCCACAUCACCCCUGAGGACAAGCAGAAGGUCAUCGAGAAGGCUGCUGGAGCGCAGUCGUGGUUGGAGAACUCGUUGGUCAAAAUCUCAGAACGGCCGAAGAAUGUUGACCCUGUCAUUACAUGCGCUGAGAUCGAUAAGACGCGGGAUGAGCUCAUUUACUUCGCCAAUCCCAUCAUGACCAAGCCCAAGCCGAAGGCUGAUGCGCCUCCCGCGGGUGCCAAUCAGCCGCCCCCCCCGCCACCUCCCAAGGACGAGACUAUGGAGCCCUCUGAAGAGGCCGGCCCCACGGUGGAGGAAAUGGAUGUCGACUAAACGGUCGCUAAUCGCGACUUAUUUCAUGAUGGGAUGUUGUUGAGGGAGACCGUACUUUUUUAAGCCUGUAUCUGAUUAGAUUAGCAGAAGGGAAUGCUAUAGACAAAUGUUGUCCAAGCGCAA